GACUUGUCAUGAUGCGAUUGGUUAGAAAGCGUGUCAGCGUUUGAAUGGGGCUCACCGUAUCCAUUUUUUUGUGAUGUACAUAGACACUUGCUGUAACAAUGGGACCAUUAAGAGUUCUAUCUGUCUUUCUGGGUUUAAUUUUAGUAUGUUUCAUGUUUGCCCAAUGCGGGGCCAGUGAUUCUGACUCCAGCUACGUGACGUGUGGAUCCCUGAUCAAACUGAUGAACACACGGCACAGCGUCAGACUUCACUCUCAUGAUGUCAAAUACGGAUCAGGUAGUGGCCAGCAGUCAGUAACAGGCGUGGAUUCGGCCGAGGAUGCCAACAGCUACUGGCGGAUCCGUGGGAAACCAGACAGCGUUUGUCAGCGCGGGGUGCCCAUACGGUGCGGAGAGGCCAUCCGAAUUACACACAUGAAGACUGGACGCAACCUACACUCGCAUCACUUCAGCUCCCCGCUGUCUAACCACCAGGAAGUGAGUGCGUUUGGUGAAAAUGGAGAAGGAGAUGAUUUGGACGUAUGGAGCGUUCAGUGCAGCGCAACAUACUGGGAACGCGACGACGCGGUGCGAUUUAAACACGUUGGCACUGAGGUUUUCCUCAGUGUUACAGGAGAGCAGUUUGGUCAUCCAAUCAGAGGCCAGCGUGAGGUCCAUGGAAUGCCUUCACCCAAUCAGCAUAACUACUGGAAGGUGAUGGAGGGGGUUUUUAUUCAGCCCAGCAGUGAUCCUGUGAACCAUGAUGAGCUCUGAUGAUGCACUGUACUCCACUCACACAUGCUGUGAAACCUUCUCUAUUUAAACUUUCAGUUUCUUCAAAGUUUUACGUUUAUUGGUCAAACUCAAUUGUGUGUCGCAAUUUUUGAGACAAAACUCACCCACAAAAUGCACAUCACAGACAAAAAAGACGAAAAGGUUUGUUUUACUAGAUUUCUUAUGAUUGGAAUUUGUCUUUUUGUAUAUAAGGGAAUAAAAUGACUUUACAAACCAGGAUUUUGGGCCAAAUAAAUUGUGUAUUUUGUAUUAUUUAUAUUUAGGAUGACAUAUUACUAAUAGAACAAAUUGCAUUAAUAACUUGUACUAUGAAAUACUGUAGUAGUUUUGUGCACAUGAAAGAUUUGAAAUAACUGUUUUGGUUUAAGGUUUCGAUAUAACUGUAACUCCCAGUAGUUGUUUCCCCCCUCAUACUGUAUAUGACCCCAUAUGUACAUAAUUUGGUGAAAGCGUAAAUAAAUUUUUUGAAAACUUUA